GGAAGAGCAAAAUGGGCAGAGCUUUCUACAGUACCUGAACAUAAAUUGAUAUAGUUCAGCGGAGGAUUCAACUCCACUGUCAAACACAAGUAUGACGGAGGGAACACACCUGCGGAGGAGAGGGGGGCCGUACAGGACGGAGCCAACCACUGACCUGAGCCGCUGGAGGCUGAGUAAUGUGGAGGGCAGGCAGAUGUGGCGCUAUGUGGACGAUCAGGACACCCCCGACCGAGAGCAGACCAUGCUGGAAGCACAUUCUCUAGGCCUCGACACGAGUAACUUUGUGUCUGAGUCCCCAGCUGCACACACAGCUGUGGAGGCAGCUCUGAAAGGAAUGCACUUCUACAGCCAGCUGCAAGCAGAGGACGGUCACUGGGCGGGAGACUACGGCGGACCCCUCUUCCUGCUGCCAGGUCUCCUUAUCACCUGCCAUAUUGCUAAGAUCCCUCUGCCAGAAGCCUGGCAGAAAGAGAUGGUGCGGUACCUGCGCUCUGUGCAGCUAGCAGACGGAGGCUGGGGUCUACACAUUGAAGAUAAGUCCACCGUGUUUGGCACAGCGCUGAGCUACAUCUCCCUAAGGAUUCUGGGAGUAGAGCCUGAUGAUCCAGAUAUGAUUCGAGCCAGGAACAACCUUCACAGCAAAGGUGGCGCUGUGGGGAUUCCCUCAUGGGGUAAAUUCUGGUUGGCCAUUUUAAACGUGUAUAGUUGGGAGGGAAUGAACACACUGCUGCCUGAGAUGUGGCUGUUCCCCUCGUGGAUGCCAGCCCACCCCUCCACCCUGUGGUGUCACUGCCGCCAGGUGUACCUCCCCAUGAGCUACUGCUACGCUGUAAGGCUGUCUGCAGAGGAGGACCCGCUGGUCCUCAGCCUCAGACAGGAGCUUUAUGUCCAGGACUAUGCAACCAUUAACUGGCCCGCUCAGAGGAACAAUGUGGCAGCAUGUGACAUGUACACACCUCACAGCACGUUGCUCACCGUCGCCUACAUGGUGCUGAAUGUGUACGAAGCCCAUCACAGCACCAUGCUGAGAGACAAGGCUGUCAAGGAACUAUAUGAACACAUCGAGGCUGACGACCGCUUCACUAAAUGUAUCAGCAUUGGACCGAUCUCCAAGACCAUCAACAUGCUGGUUCGCUGGCAUGUGGACGGGCCCUCCUCUCCGGCCUUCCAGGAGCAUGUGUCAAGGAUCCCAGACUACCUAUGGUUGGGAUUAGAUGGAAUGAAAAUGCAGGGGACCAAUGGAUCUCAACUCUGGGAUACUUGUUUUGCUGUACAGGCUUUCCUUGAGGCAGGAGCCCAAAACAACUCCUCAUUAGCAGAGUCGCUCCGAGAUGCCCAUCGGUUUCUCACCAUCACACAGAUACCUGAAAAUCCUCCCGACUAUCAUAAGUACUACAGACAGAUGAACAAGGGAGGCUUCCCCUUCAGCACCCGGGACUGUGGCUGGAUCGUGGCUGACUGCACAGCGGAGGGUCUGAAGUCAGUGAUGCUGCUGCAGGAGCUCUGCCCCUCCAUCAGCCAGUUGGUCCCCUCAGAGCGCCUCUGUGAGGCUGUCAAUGUGCUGCUGAGCAUGAGAAAUUCUGACGGAGGAUUCGCCACAUAUGAAACUAAGAGAGGAGGGAGGCUGCUGGAGCUGCUCAACCCCUCCGAGGUGUUUGGUGACAUUAUGAUCGAUUAUACCUAUGUGGAGUGCACCUCUGCAGUAAUGCAGGCUCUCAGGCACUUCCAGAAGGCCUACCCAGAACACCGUGCAGAGGAGUUGAGGUCCACUCUAAAAGAAGGACUGGAGUACUGCAGGAAGGUGCAGAGGCCUGAUGGAUCAUGGGAAGGGUCCUGGGGAGUGUGCUUCACCUAUGGAAUAUGGUUUGGCCUUGAAGCCUUUGCCUGUAUUGGCCACGUCUAUCAGGAUGACCAUGUGUGCGCGGAGGUGCAGAAGGCUUGUCAGUUCCUGCUGGACCGGCAGAUGACAGACGGAGGCUGGGGGGAAGACUUUGAAUCAUGCGAGCAGCGGCGCUACGUCCAGAGCAGCAGUGCUCAGAUCCACAACACCUGCUGGGCUUUGUUAGGCCUCAUGGCUGUCAGGCAUCCCGAUAGGCGGGCCAUUGAGAGAGGAGUGCAGCUGCUGAUUGACAACCAGCUGCCCAAUGGAGACUGGCCACAGGAGAAUAUUGCAGGUGUGUUCAACAAGAGCUGUGCCAUCAGCUACACCUCCUACAGAAACGUCUUCACCGUCUGGACUCUCGGCCGCUUCUCAACGCUUUAUCCCAGCAAUCCAUUGGCUGGAAAGGUCAAGCUGUGAAUAAUUAAAAAAAACCUAAUCAGACUUUGUGCCACAUAAGAAAACUGAAUGCCUUCAAAGCAAAAUAACAGCCAUGAAGUUCAGACCAUCAACAAAAGUUGUGUCUUUUGUCAACCUAGGUUAUAUGCACAUUUCUCACAUUCAUUGGAGUUUGAAAACCUCUGCUGUGUUUUCAGAGUUGAAUCUUUCUGAUAAAGCAACACAUUUCAUUCUUUGAAUUACUUUCUCUGUUGACAUUCCAGCAAUACUUUUUCCACCAGGGCUACUCCCUAAGAACAUGUUGUAAUAGCCUGCUGCUAUCCAAGAAUGUGAUAUGAAGAUGUUUGUCUAUGUUGCCUUAAAUUCCUGCACACUUCCCUACCAUUUCCAUUGAGAAUAAAUGCUUUUUCUAUAGUAUAA